GUUUGAAGAUGGAGAGGAGUGGGGCCGAACCCCGCAAAGUAUGGGGAAGUUGUCUCGCCGCCUGCCGAACUCCAAAGCACCGAGGCGAUGCGGGCAGCACAUGACUAAUGCUUCCCCAGAUGGCCGUGAAUCGCUUUGGAAUCGCCCGCCGGCCCGGUUGAAGCUGUCAUCUUUUGAAACUAGCAAAAAAGGCUCGAAUCUUGCGUUGACUGAUUGAUUCUCUCCAUUCAUUGCGCCAUUGACCCCCUUGCACCCUUCUUUACCCUACCUACAGACCGACCCAGACGUGCCCUGGAACCGACGGCCCGAGCCUGUGAUUGCGGAUAGCCUUGCGUUGCCUUGCGUUGCCUUGCACCACCCGUCACCGGCCACCGACAGCCACACGCGCGUGCCAGCCCCUCCAUCCCAUUCCAGUCCCGUCGCAAUGCCCGGCCAGCAGCCAGACGAAUGGCAACACCACGCCGAGAGGACGACCAGCCAGUUGCCCUCCUUCUACUCUCCCCCAACAGACGCCCAGCACUCGUCACAAGGUGAUGCCGAUGUGUCGCACCCCGACUUCUCCUUUUCUUCCGACCCCGCAGUCGGCACUUCUGCCACAUCACCGUCCACGCCCAAGGACGGAGACAGCAGCAGUAAUGAUAAUGACAGCAACGGCGACGACAAUGAUGGCGCAGGGACACCAUCAAAUGCGCCGCCGCCCAGUUCGCUGCUGUCGCCAGCCUUCACACCUCCCGCCACCCCAGGGACCGCUACUCCGUCCAGCCUAUUGCUCUCAGAACCGCGCGGCGUCCCAGUCGACAGUUCGGUUCCCUCCGGCGGUUGUGGAUCCAAACACCCACGACUCCUCGAGCAACUCCCUCAGGUAGAAUGCAUCGUCCGCGCGCGUAUCCCGACCACCACAGGCGCCGAGAUGUUUCUCCACCUCUACACCAACAAUGUGGACAACAAGGAACAUUUGGCCAUUGUGUUUGGAAACACGAUCCGCAGCAAGUCACUCGAUGCCGUACGCGAGGGCGAGACCGAGAUGGAUCGCCUUGUGCGGGGCGCCUACACGGGCAGACUGUACCCAGGGAGAACGACAAGCCUGGAAAAGGCUGAUGGCUCGGCAACAGAGAGACAAGAACCAGAAGAGGCUGACAAGAGCCAACCACCUCUGGUCAGGAUACACAGCGAGUGUUACACAGGCGAAACCGUUUGGUCUGCGCGCUGUGACUGUGGCGAGCAGCUCGACGAGGCUGCGCGGCUCAUGUCUCUGCCUUCAAACAAAGCAGGAGGCAUCAUCAUCUAUCUGCGGCAGGAGGGUCGCGGCAUCGGGCUGGGUGAGAAGCUCAAGGCUUACAAUCUGCAGGAUUUGGGGUCGGACACAGUCGAGGCAAACCUGCUCUUGAGACAUCCCGCUGAUGCGCGGAGCUACGGCCUUGCAACAGCCAUGCUGCUUGACCUCAGUCAGAAAGAAGUGCGUCUCUUGACCAACAACCCAGACAAGAUUCGCGCCGUGGAGGGACCAAACAGGGAGGUGGUGGUGAAGGAGCGUGUGGCCAUGGUGCCUCUGUCGUGGAAGGGCAAGGGCGGCUUCAGGGCGCCCGAGGUGGAAGGAUAUCUGAAGACAAAGAUCGAAAAGAUGGGGCAUCUCUUAGACCCAGGCGCGUUGCCGAGGUAA